GUAAGCGUCCAAAAGAAAAUGAAGUAAAAAUAAAAAACUCGGUUAUCGUCAGUCGAUGAGAGACUUCUUCUUUGAAAUAAAACAACUUCGAACUCAUUUUGUCAUAGCAUACGAAAGCAAAGUCAGCAAUACUUAAGCCAGUUCUCGACUCUAGAAUUUGGAAAAUUCCUGCGUCGGCUAAAACGGUAUUCAUUUUUGAAAUCAGCGUAUUGAAAUACCUCAGUUGGCGAAACUCCUUUGUAAGUAUGAUAUCAUAGAGUUCUCAGGGUUUAAACUUUUCCCAUCAAAAUUUCAUCAAUUGAGCAGAAGUUUCCAAUAUAACUACUGAAAACCCUAUCGUAGUCAAGCGACCUUUUACUGAUAGAUUUCUGUUGCGCUAUCGUGCUUUAUUUUAGAAACAGUACCACAAUUUACAAAAAAACGUGUACGUCCUGUGGAUAAUUCAACAUACAAUAAUACUCACUUAAAGAUUCAAGAAAAUGAUAUUCCAGAAUUCACCGAUCCGUUUUUUAUUAUUGAGACAUGUUGUAUUGCUUGGUUUUCAUUUGAAUUGAUCGUACGUUUUUGUUCUUGUCCAUUAAAAUUAAUUUUCUUAAAAUCGGUGAUGAAUAUAAUUGAUCUUGUAGCCAUCGUGCCCUAUUUUGUUACUCUAUUUACAAUAUUAGCACGAGAAAAAACAGAAUCAGAUCAAGGUGUCUCGCUCGCUAUCCUAAGAAUUAUACGACUUGUUCGUGUAUUGCGGAUAUUUAAAUUAUCUCGUCAUUCAAAGGGUUUACAGAUUCUCGGACAAACGUUAAGUGCAUCUAAGCGAGAAUUAGGCUUACUGGUAUUUUUUCUAUUUAUCCGUGUUAUAUUAUUUUCAUCGGGCCGUCU